CGGAUGUUCAAUUGCAAGUUGAGUGAGGACAAAACCAGAGCAUAGAUCCACCAUGGCAGAAAAUCGUUUUCUUGGGUGGUUAUUAAUCACUACUUUGGGAUGGUCCUCAACACAGAUGGCAGCCAACGCUCUAACUCAAAGCUCAUACAAACCAAUUGCAUUUGAUUGCAGCAACGUUAUCUGCCCAAACACUACAUGUGGUAUUGGCACCGUCAACAUUCCAAACCCUGGUGAAUGUUGCAGUUUUUGCAGAUGUGGUCCAAACGGCCCUGUCAGGAUUCCGUGUCCUUCAGGGCUCCACUACAAUUACGAAACAGAACUCUGCGACUGGCCUCACAACUGUAGUUGUGAAGAAAAUUUAACAACUGGAAAACCUUUAGACCCAAUAAUAACAAACACAACCCCUGCAGCCCCUACAACAGCCCAAACCUUCACCACACCUCAAAUAACGUCGACAAUCGUGGAAUCAACUACAAGGCCAACAACAAGGCCUCCAAACACGCCUCAACCAGCCACUAGUCCACCUACUACGACCCUACCAACAACCACGGCCCAGCCAGUAACCAGGCCACCAACCACGACCCAGGAAACAACUAGGCCACCAACCACGACCCAGGAAACAACUAGGCCACCAACCACGACCCAGGCUACAACCAGGCCACCAACCACGACCCAGGAAACAACUAGGCCACCAACCACGACCCAGGCAACAACUAAGCCACCAACCACGACUCAACCAACUACUAUGCCACCAACCACGACCCAGGCAACAACUAGGCCACCAACCACGACCCAGGAAACAACUAGGCCACCAACCACGACCCAGGAAACAACCAGGCCACCAACCACGACCCAGGAAACAACUAGGCCACCAACCACGACCCAGGCAACAACUAAGCCACCAACCACGACUCAACCAACUACUAUGCCACCAACCACGACCCAGGCAACAACUAGGCCACCAACCACGACUCAACCAACAACUAAGCCACCAACCACGACCCAGGAAACAACUAGGCCACCAACCACGACCCAGGCUACAACCAGGCCACCAACCACGACUCAGGAAACAACUAGGCCACCAACCACGACCCAGGCAACAACUAAGCCACCAACCACGACUCAACCAACUACUAUGCCACCAACCACGACCCAGGCAACAACUAGGCCACCAACCACGACUCAACCAACUAGGCCACCAACCACGCCCCAGGCUACAACUAGGCCACCAACCACGACCCAGGCAACAACUAGGCCACCAACCACGACUCAACCAACAACUAGGCCACCAACCACGCCCCAGGCUACAACUAGGCCACCAACCACGACCCAGGCAACAACUAGGCCACCAACCACGACCCAGGCAACAACUAGGCCACCAACCACGACCCAGACAACAAUUAGGCCAACGACCACGACUCAACCAACAACUAGGCCACCAACAACCACCCUAAAAACGACUACCAGAGUACCAACAACUUUACCUCCCAGACCCGUCUGCCGAAAUGUUACGCGCAUCUAG